AUGGCUGAAACGCAUCAGUCACAUUACUAUCCGCGACACAACUCAUUGGACAUCUGCCAUGCACUUGAGCUUGAGGCUGUCAAAGAACAGGCAUGCAACGCAUAUAUUGCCAAACUUGACCACCCUGCACCGGCAACCACUCAGAUACACUUCUCGGACCUGGAGAUAAGCCCUACAUGGACGACGCAGGAAAUUUACCCGCAAUUCUUUGACAGCCGAUAUGGUGCACCUAUGGCGAUAAGCGGACCGCCAGUCUUGCAAUGCUCUCCAAGCCUGGUAUCGCCUCCGUAUCCGACGUAUCAGUAUUAUGAUGACAGCGAUACCAUGAGUGCUUGGUCGACCACUCCGGAACUUCCACACUCAUUACCAGCAAUGGCCAUCGAAGAAGACGAUGAACCGUUCGAUGACAAGCCAUACGCCAUGUUGAUAUAUGAGGCGUUGAAGCAAGCUCCAGGGCACAGAAUGAUGCUAAGAGACAUUUACGACUGGUUCCGUCAGAAUACCACCAAGGUUCAAGAAUCCGGGUCCAACGGAUGGCAAAACAGUAUCAGACAUAACCUUUCAAUGAAUAAGGCAUUCGAGAAUGACAGAGAUCACUCCCGUGGCAGCUCGAAAAAAGCCAACAGCGUUUGGAUACUGACUGAAGACGCCAUCAAGAACGGAGUGCAAUCUACCACGAGAUAUCGCAAAACUGGUGGCGGCAAGAGAGGGCUCGGACACCGGGUUGCGGCAAUACAGCGACAGAGAUCAGGAGCAAAGGGCGGUCGAGCUGCAAGUCGUGCAGCCAGACAGCGGCGCCAGGACCAUCCCUAUGUCACCAGUACACCCAUGUCGGGCAGCCCAGCCACGCCUUGCUAUUCGGAUGUCAGCGACUACCACAAUUAUGACUGGGAGCUACAUCCCACUGUCAGAAACUGGACAGUGCCUUCUCUGCAUGACAGCGCACCACUACCCGACGUCACGAGUCAACAUAUGUCGAUUUCACCCCAAAGCUCCUUCGACCUCAGCACCGGGCAUAUGAACUACUCUGAUGAAGAUUGGCGUCUGCAGAGUAUGCUUAUGCGGCCUUUGCAUGAGCAAUCCGAGAUUGAACUACCGCUUUUUCAUACCCAAUGA